UCUGUGAAGAGUGACUGGUCUACGAGCGAACCUCCAGUCUUCAGUCAUGAACCUGGAGCCUCAGAGACAAAAGGUCAGAACCAGAGACGGAGAGCAGAGUCUCCAGGACCCAGAGGUCUGUCUGUGAAGAGUGACUGGUCUAUGAGCGAACCUCUAGUCUUCAGUCAUGAACCUGGAGCCUCAGAGACAAGAGAUGCGUUUGCUGUUUCUGUGGACGAGCAGACGUCCCGCUGUCCUCUGUGUCAGGACGUCCUGAAGGAUCCAGUCUCCACCAGCUGUGGUCAUCUGUUCUGCAGACGCUGCAUCUCCUCAUACUGGGACCAGUCUGGUCCACCAGGAGACUCCUGCUGUCCCCAGUGUGGGAAAAGACCCAGGACAGGACAUGGACCACAGACCAUCAGUGUACAGAAUGUUGGUCUGCAGAAGGUUCUAGAUGAACAUAAGAUCAGUCUGAGGAGCAGAUUUGAACAUGUGACUGAAGGAACUGAAGGAAGAGGAAGUAGAACCCUCCUGAACAGGAUCUUCACUGAGCUCUACAUCACAGAGGGACAGAGUGAAGAGGUCAAUACUCAACAUGAGGUGAUGCAGCUGGAGACGACCUCCAAGAAGAAGAUGGUCCAGGACACUCCCAUCAAGUGCUGCGACAUCUUUAAAGCCUUACCUGACCAGCAGGGGAGCAUCAGAGUCGUCCUGACCAACGGCGUCUCUGGUGUUGGAAAAACCUUCUCGGUGCAGAAGUUCACUCUGGACUGGGCCAAGGGUUUGGAAAACCAGGAUGUGAAUCUGCUGAUUCUGCUUUCAUUCAGGGAGCUGAACCUGAUCAGAGACCAGCAGCACAGUCUUCUCACGCUGCUCCAUGUUUUCUAUCCAACAUUAGAGAAGGUCAGAGCAGAGGAGCUCGCUGUCUGUAAACCUUUGUUCAUCUUUGACGGCCUGGAUGAAAGCAGACUCUCACUGGACUUCAGCAGCAGGACACUGGUUUCUGACGUCACACACAGGUCAUCAGUCAACGUGCUGCUGACCAACCUCAUUCAGGGGAAUCUGCUUCCCUCGGCUCUCGUCUGGGUAACUUCUCGACCUGCAGCGGCCAAUCAGAUCCCUCCUACAUGUGUUGCCAGGGUAACAGAAGUACGAGGCUUCACUGACGACCAGAAGGACGAGUACUUCAGGAAGAGAUCCAGAACUGAAGAUCUGUCCAGCAGAAUCAACUCACACAUCAAGACGUCCAGGAGCCUCCACAUCAUGUGUCGAAUCCCAGUCUUCUGCUGGAUCACUGCUACAGUUCUGGAGCACAUGUUGACCACAGAGCAGAGAGGAGAGCUGCCCAAGACCCUGACAGACCUGUACUCACACUUCCUGCUGGUUCAGACCAAGAGGAAGAAGAACAAAUAUGAUAAAGGACAUGAGACGAGUCCACGGGAGCUGAUGGAGGCCGACAGGGACUUUCUUCUGAAGCUGGGGAGGCUGGCCUUUGAACAUCUGCAGAAAGGAGACAUCAUGUUCUACCAAGAAGACCUGGAGCGGUGUGGUCUUAAUGUGACAGAGGCCUUGGUGUACUCUGGAGUUUGUACAGCAAUCUUCAGAAGAGAGAGCGUGAUCUUCCAUAAAUCAGUCUACUGCUUUGUUCAUCUGAGUUUUCAGGAGUUUCUGGCUGCAGUCUACAUGUUCCACUGUUUCACCAACAGGAAGACAGAGGUACUGCAGGACUUCUUCAGACAAGCAGACAAAGACAGGGACUCAAACAGGUUGAGCAGAAACCUCUCACUUGACAACCUCCUGAAAGAAGCCAUGAAGAAAUCACUUCAAAGUGAAAAUGGUCACAUGGACCUGUUUGUCCGCUUCCUUCAUGGACUCUGUCUGGAGUCCAACCAGAGACUCUUUGGAGGUCUUCUGGGUCAGACUCAGAACAGUCCAGAAAUCAUCCAGAGAGUCAUCGAGAACCUGAAGAAGAUGAACACAGAGAACAUCUCACCUGACAGAAGCAUCAACAUCUUCCACUGUCUGACAGAGAUGAACGACCAAUCAGUGCAUCAGGAGAUCCAAGAGUUCAUGAAGUCAAAGAACAGAGAACAGGAACUCUCUGAGAUCCAAUGCUCAGCUCUGGCCUACAUGCUGCAGAUGUCUGAGGAGGUUCUGGAUGAGUUGGAUCUGAACAAGUACAACACAUCAGACCAGGGAAAACAGAGACUGGUUCCAGCUGUGAGGAACUGCAGGAAGGCUGUGUUGAGUGGCUGCAGUUUGUCAGAGAUCAGCUGUUCUUCUCUGGUCUCAGUUCUGAAGUCCAACUCCUCCCACCUGAGAGACCUGGACCUGAGUAACAACCUGGAUCUGCAGGAUUCAGGAGUGAAGCUGCUGUGUUCUGGACUGGAGAGUCCACAUUGUAGACUGGAGACUCUGAAGUUGAGUGGCUGCAGAUUGUCAGAGAUCAGCUGUUCUUCUCUGGUCUCAGCUCUGAAGUCUAACUCCUCCCACCUGAGAGACCUGGACUUGAGUAAGAACGGUCUGCAUGAUUCAGCAGUGAAGCCUCUGUGUGAUCUUAGGCAGAGUCCAGACUACAGACUGGAGACUGUGAGGUGA